GUGCUUGUUCUGGGGACCCCCGCGGAGGAGAACUGCGGCGGCAAGGAGAUGCUCCUGCAGAAGGGAGCCUUCAGGGACGUGGACGUGGCGCUGAUGGCACACCCGGGACGCCGAGACGCCCUGAAGAUGGGCUUCACGGCCUCGCAGCACCUGUCAGUCAAGUUCCGAGGCCGGACCGCGCACGCCGCAGCGUCUCCCUGGGAGGGUCUGAAUGCCCUAGACGCAGCCGUCACCUCCUAUAUGAACAUCUCCGUGCUCAGACAGCAGAUGAAGCCCGCGUGGAGGGUGCACGGGGUGAUGCUCCAGGCGGGCAAGUACCCGAAUUUGAUACCCGAAGAGAGUGAACUCAAGUACCAUAUCCGGGCCCCCAGCACAGAGGAGCUCGACGUGAUCCUGUCGAAGGUGGAAGCCUGCUUCAGGGGCGCCGCAGAGGCCACGGGCUGCUCGGUCGACAUCAUCCGGGGCAUGAAAUACAAGCACAUGCUGCACAAUGACACCAUCGUCAGUGUCUACCAGAGGCACGGCGAGGCUCUUGGCAUCACCUUUGAGGGCGAGGACCCAAGGGCGGUGAUCGGGACCGGAGCAUCGACGGACGCGGCCAACGUGUCGCACGCCGUUCCGACGGCGCACCCGGUGUACGCUCUUCGGGCCACGGCCCGCAACCACACCCGGGAGUUCAGCCGUGCUGCGGGAGACCGGGACGCCCAGGAACCCACGCUCAAGGUGGCCCGGGCCCUCGCCCUGACAGCCCUGGACUUCCUCAAGGAUUCGGAGUUGCUUCGAAAGGCCAAAGAGGAGUUCGCCUUCAACGCGACGCCCAGCAGUUAGCUUGCCCCAGAAAUAAUUCUUUCUGACACACAUUUUACUGCUCCGUGUAUUGCCCAACAUACAGGGUGUUUUCUUUUUUUAACACAGUGAAAGCUACACUAAUUCGUUUUCUGCGGGUGAGUUAUAUGGUCAGGGGGCAUAAUAUAAGGGACAAACUGUCCUGGCAAAUAGAAUAAUUAACUAAAAUGUAUCAAUCAACUUUUUAAUGAGUCAAAAACCUAUUGAGCCAAUCAAAAACUUAUUGAGCGUUAUUUAAAGCUACCAAAUCAGUAAUUAUUGGAAAUAAUUUAAGCGGGUGGGAAGCGCAGUAGUGCGCUAAAGUGACCACUCGCGCGACAGGCACAAAGCUGGGGCUAUGGUAAGAGACGGAAAAACCGCGCAGGUGUUUUAUCACGCCUGUAGCCUUGCUCCUGCUGCCCGAGGGGUAACUUUAGCACUCCACCGUGCUUUCCACGCGCGCCAACUCUUCCUAAUAUUGACCGAGUUAUCAGACUUAGGUGACGCUCGGCAAGUUUCUAAUUAAAUCCACACGUUUAUUUUCGAUGGUGAAAACGUUAACAUACUUAUAGUUAAUUAGCCGACUGAUCGUUAUAAUUUGCCCCAUCUACAAAUAAUCUCCACCUGGCCGUACAACUCGCCUGCACAAAGCGUAACAGUGUCGCUUUGGUAGUUAUUUUUUUUUUAGCAAAUUUGUUAAGCUUAAGAAGAAACAGCCUGUGCUGUGACUGAAAGGACGGCAGGGUGGCGUGUGAGUUGCCAGACCCCCAGCGCCAGUUUCUCAAAUUUGAUGACAUUUGAGCGUUUCGUGAGCAUAGAAGGUAAUGAGUACUUAUGUUCUCAUUGUGUCAGAGACUGGAGGUGCUGCUAAUGUGCGUGUUCUGUGCUCGCCAGUGUCCCUCUUGAUAACCACGAAACUAUACUUAAAAGAACCGUGUCGCUCGGUCAUAUUAAUUUUUGAUGUCGAAUCGCAUCCUCGCGGAAGCUAAUCAAGAUUUUGUGUUCAUGCCGUGCGUGGCACGUCACGCAGCUCGCGGAACAAAGUCGUGCCGUCACGUAAUGUCACGGUGUCAACGUUAUGGAUAUACUAGUCACCGAGACGAUUCCAGAGUAGUGAGGCUUCGAAGCUCCGCGCCAUGGCGCUCUAAAUCAUCUACAUACGUGCCGCCAAUUGGGAGCAUUGCAUAGUACACUGUGCAAUAACUGUACGCAUACCGCGCCGUUAGCGGGGUCGACAGGUCUUUCAGGUGUGUGGCGCCGUGGAUAACCGCUUUCUUUUGCGACAUCAUUUAUAAUGCAGUCUGAAUGCCCUCGUGUAUCUAACUCCGAGUUUCAAGUUAAUGGCCCCGGGUCAGUAGUCGUGCCGCACUGGUCAAAUCUUUUAUUUUGAAACGAACCGUCUAUCACUGUCUAAAUAUCCUGAAAGACAAGUAAUACACUCGAUGAGGGUAGUCUGUGCCGUGUUCCCACUGCAGUGGCGAACUUUAUCGCUUAGACUUGGAGCUUAGCCGAUUAUUUCUGGCAUCACAUUAAAGGGACACUGACACCCCCCCCAAUAAAUUUGUUUUCAUUUUUU